AUGAAUGUUUCCACUCCUGCAGGUAAUGAGCUCUACAGUCAAGCCAGUCCCUCUGCAAACAGCACAAGUGUGGGACAUGGAAAGAACUCCACCAAUCACAAUGAGUUUGACACCAUCAUCCUGCCAGUGCUUUACCUAGUUAUAUUUGUGGCAAGCAUCUUGCUGAAUGGUCUGGCCGUGUGGAUCUUCUUCCACAUCAGGAAUAAAACCAGCUUCAUAUUUUAUCUCAAAAACAUCGUGGUAGCUGACCUCAUAAUGACCCUGACAUUCCCGUUCCGAAUCGUCCGUGAUGCGGGAUUUGGACCUUGGUACUUCGAGUUUAUCCUCUGCAGAUACACCUCAGUCCUGUUCUACGCGAACAUGUAUACGUCCAUCGUGUUCCUUGGGCUGAUCAGUGUCGACCGUUAUCUAAAGGUGGUAAAGCCUUUUGGUGACUCUCGUAUGUACAGCGUAACUUUUACCAAAGUCUUAUCGAUUUGUGUUUGGGUGAUCAUGGCCAUUCUGGCCUUGCCAAACAUCAUCUUAACGAAUGUUCAGCCAACUAAGGAAAAUAUUCAUGACUGCAUGACACUCAAGAGCCCUUUGGGAGCCAAGUGGCAUACGGCUGUCACCUACAUUGACAGCUGUUUGUUUGCGGCUGUGCUGGUGAUUCUGAUCGGAUGCUACAUAGCGAUAUCCAGAUACAUCCACAAAUCCAGCAGGCAAUUCAUAAGUCAGUCGAGCCGGAAACGAAAGCACAACCAGAGCAUCCGCGUGGUCGUGGCUGUGUUCUUCACCUGCUUCCUGCCAUAUCACCUGUGCAGAAUCCCCUUCACUUUCAGCCACUUAGACAGGCUUUUAGACGAAUCGGCACACAAGAUUCUCUAUUACUGCAAAGAAAUGACACUUUUCUUGUCUGCAUGCAAUGUGUGCCUGGAUCCAAUCAUUUACUUUUUCAUGUGUAGGUCCUUUUCAAGAAGGCUAUUCAAGAAAUCAAACAUAAGAACGAGGAGUGAGAGCAUCAGAUCGCUGCAAAGCGUCCGAAGAUCGGAAGUGCGCAUUUAUUAUGACUACACUGAUGUGUAGGGACCAGGGGCCAGCUGGCCGUCUCUUACUGGAACCAAUGUGUAAAAUGUGUAAAUAAAGGUUUCUUUUUCUUAUCCCGUUUGAAGCUCGUCAAAACCACAGAUCCUUUCUCUAAGCAUAAAAAUGGCCAGAUAUUGGGGCAUCAAUUGGGACAAAGAAAAACAUUAAGAAAUGAAAAAAAAAAUUGUGGGAUGAAGUAGAGAUGGGAGAACUUCAGAACAAUCUGACGAGCAGACCAAGGCCCAGCCAUGUGAACUUCUGUGCCUGCUCCCUGGAAUACAUGCACUGCUGCUGUGACGUCACUGUAGAGAACUCACAGCAUAG